AUGCCUCCCCGCGGUUUACAGGGCGACCUCAUUAUCCGCCUGGGGGGGCGGGCCGGGAAUGAGGAGCGGUCUUUCGCGUUGGGCUGGGUCGGGGGCAAGAGGCUGCUGCUGGCGGAACGGGAUGGUGGAUCAGCGUUGAUUCGUUGGUGUCGCAGACAUAUGAAGUUUUUUAGAUACACUGUGCGGGACAACGGCUCCUAUUUCUUUGUUGAUGCAUCUGAUGAUUCCAAGUCCAACUGGAUGAGAUACGUGGCAUGUGCUUCUACCGAGGAUGAACAGAACCUGACAGUUUUCCAGUACAGGGGUUAUAUCUACUACCGGGUCUGCCAGGCCAUACCUGCUGACACAGAGCUCUUUGUGUGGAUAGGAGAGGAGUAUGCCCGCACCCUGGGACUGCGCUUGGGUGAGCAUUUUAAAUACGAAUUUGGUGAAAAGGAACUGCUGAUGAAACUCUUCCAGGAACUGCACCUCAAGACCCCCCCAUCACCUCCGGCCCCCCAUGCCCCAUCCUCACGUACUCAGUACCUGUGCGGAGAUGCCACUGCCUCAUCUCUCCUGCCCCUCCACAAGCCAGGCCUUCCCCCACCAGGUGGGAGCACUUUUUCCCAGCUGGAAGGGACACAGAACUUGGUUGGGUUGGGACGGGCCCAGAGCCGGUACUGGACCUUCUUUGGGUUCCAAGGGGAUGCCUAUGGCCGCAUCCUGGACAAGAGCAAGAUCAUCUGCAAGCUGUGCGGGGUGCGGCUGAGCUACAGUGGCAACACCACCAACCUGCGGCAGCACCUCAUCUACAAGCACCGUUGCGAGUACAACCAGCUGGUGGGGGCACAGGCCACCGCACUCGACAAAGGGGUGCCGGGGGCAGGAGAAUGCAGAGUUUCUCGAGCUCCUGCUCCCGGCCGGACCACGCGGGCCGUGGCAGACUUCAUCGUACUGGACCUGAUGCCGGUGGAGGUGGUGGAAGGGGAUGGCUUCGGGCAGAUGCUGGGUGUCCUGGAUCCCAGCUACAAGCCCCCAGACGCCACCUCCCUGGCCCAUACAGUGCUGAAGGACAUGUACAGCCAGGUCAAGGGGAAGAUCUGGGAGCUGGUCCGGGCCCUGCCCCAGUGCUCCCUCAGCCUGGACAUCUGGCGCCACAGCAGCGCCCUCACCUACCUCACACUCGCUGUGCACUAUGUGGACGACUGCUUUGAAGCCCAGGCCCGGGUCCUCUCGAGCCGGCCCAUUCCUGAGGAGCCGGGUGCGGAGAGCCUGGCAGAAGCACUUGCCGAGGCAGCUGAGGCCUGGGGGGUGCGUGAGAGUGCCUCUUACACUGUGGGGGGGCUGGGCCCCGCUGCGCAGCAAGCUGCAGCAGCCCUGGGCUGGACAUCCCUCCCUUGCAUUGGGCAGGCCUUGCGGGCUGCCAUGGAGGCCGUCCUAAGCCAGCCAGCAGCCCAGAGUGCCUUGGAACGGCUCCGCCGCAUGGCCUCUUGGGCACUAGCUGGGGCAGGCCGCAGUGAGAAACUGUGGGCCCAAGAGCCUCUCCUUCAGGCUCACCUGAACCGCUUCCUGCAAGACGGGGGCAAGUGGCACAGUGUCUACGCAGUCCUGCAGGGCCUGCUGGAACACAGCGAGCCUCUGGCUGGACUCGGCCCUGAUGGGGAAGCAACGCUGCAUCCCCAGGAUUGGGCUGCCCUCCAAGACACAGUCAAGGUCCUCAAGCCCAUGGCCAUUGCUACCUCAACCUUUACCAAAGAUCCUUUUCCCAGUCUCUCCCUUGUGAAGCCCGUGCUGACCAGUCUCCUUUACAAGCAUUUGGUGGCCAGUGACUGGGACUCGGCGCUGGCCCUUGAGGCCAAAGCAGCAGCGCGGAAGGAGCUGAAUCGGCACUUCUCCAGCCCAGAAGUCAAUCAGGCCCUGAACCUGGCCUGUGCCCUGGACCCCCGCUUCCGUGGCCUGGAUUUCCUGAGCCACGCCGACCGGGUGGAGACCUUGCACUUGCUCAAGACGGAGGCAUCCCGCCUCGCCGAGACUCCAGCGUUGACUGCUGGCCUUCCCGACGUGGCCUCACCACCUGCCAAGCUGCCCAAGCAAGACGCCGGCAUCGAGUUCCUCCUGGGUGACCUGUGUGGCUUGCACGGGGCCCCGGGAGCAAGUUCCACUCACCAGCAGGCAGAGCAAGAGACAGCCAGCUUCCAAACCAGCAAGGCUUCUGCCCUGGCCCAGGAGCCUCUGCAGUGGUGGAAGACCCACCACACCCAGUACCCACUGCUGGCCCGGGCUGCCCGCCAGCUGCUUGGAGUGCCAGCCACCUCUGUGCCUGCCAGCUGGCUCUUCGGCAGCACCGGCGACGCCAUCCACACGAAGCGCCAGGCCCUGACGCCGGAGCAUGUUGACGUGCUGGUGUUCCUCCACGGCAACCGUGCCAUGCUGCACUAGGAGCUAUGAAGGGGGGCACUUGGGGGGCAGGCAGCAGAUCCUACUCCUCCCCCACCUCAAGGGACUGGAAGAAAGGUGGAAGCGCAGGGCCAAAGACUCUUCCUACUGUUGAGGCGUGGUCUGGGUGUGGGUAUGUGGGGAUUUGGUUCAGUUGCGGUGGUUUUGUUUUGGCAGAGAGGUGGCUAAACAGAAGCAGAGCAAACCAUUUUUUGA